AUUUGCAUUUACAUUUAUACAGUUUUUUUUAUAUGUACUAUGGAUACUUUUAGUUAAGAAGAAGAGUUGGCCGAAAUUAAGUUCCACGUUAUGAAAUAGAAAAAGAUGAAAGAAUGAAUAAAGUCCAGGAAAGAAAGAUAUGAAUAAUGUUCAAACUAAACAAACGAAUAGUAAGAACCGGGCUGCAAUCAGUACCCAAAAUCGCCUAGUGUAAAAUAAUAUGUGCGUUGAAUGAUCGUCUGUUGGCUGCAUUGAGGCGAAUGCGAUGAGGCUAAUAGCUAUUAGGUUAAAUAUUUCGUAUUUUACAUGUCUGGGUGGUAUAUUAAUAAAAUAAAUACACGUUUAAUAAUUUGAGCCAUUGAUCGUCGAUGAUGAAUAAAAACGAAAAGAUUGAAUUGUUACGAAAUGCAAUUAAAAGUUAUCCCGAUUUCCCUAAACCUGGUAUCAUAUUUAGAGACAUAUUUGGCGUAUUUCGUGAUACAGCAGCAAUAAGAGCAAUGAGAGAUUUAAUAGUAGAGCAUAUUCUAUUUCUUGAAGUUGACUUGGUUAUAGGUCUUGAUUCCAGAGGUUUUCUUUUUGGACCUAUUAUAUGCAUGGAAAUGGGUAAGCCUUUCUUACCAAUUAGAAAGAAAGGAAAGCUCCCAGGAAAGGUUUUACAACAAGCCUUUACCCUUGAAUAUGGGGAGGAUACCCUUGAAAUACAAGAAGAAUAUAUAAAUAAAGGAACACGAGUGCUCAUUGUAGAUGACCUAUUAGCAACAGGAGGUUCCAUGGAAGCUGCGAUAAAAUUGGUAAAAUCAGCUGAAGCUGAAGUAAUUGAAUGUUUAGUAAUAAUUGAACUAACUAAUUUAAAUGGAAGGGCUAAGGUUGACGUUCCUGUCCAUUCAUUUGUUCAAUAUGAUUAACCUUUACCUUCAAAAAACAUUGAAAGCAUAAUUCCAAAUGAAAAAUUUAAAUAAUACUACAGUACAAUACUACUAACAUUCUUCAAGUAAAGCAUUUAAAUAAAGAGAGUAAUAUUUUUAUCAAGUUUACAUGUACAUACAAAAUUUUAUUGUUUUAUAAUUUCGUCUA